UCACUCCAGUGCCAUAGCUGCGAUCCUGACAGCGUUCACAUUACAGUCCACUCCGAGUUUGAGAAUGACACACACGGCUUAAGCUCUGUCUCGGACGAGUUUGGAGUCAUUCGGAUUACAGUUUUGGAACAUUUUAAAGAUUCGAUUCGCCACCUGAGGAGUUUACGAUGUCAGGCUUGUUUUGUCGAAGUUUAUACGCGUUUAACGGGGAGCAGCAUCAGCAGGGACUGAAGUUUGAGGCUGGAGAAGUGAUCCGGAUCACGCAGGCUCUGGAAGGAGGCUGGUGGGAGGGAGAGAAGGACGGAGUCAAGGGAUGGUUUCCCUCGACUUACGUGCAGGUGGAGAAUCUGUCCUCGACGUCUCCUCUGGACGAGCCGCUGCCCAGAGACUGGAAGUGCUACAUGUCACCUCAGGGACGCAGAUACUACGUCAACACCAUCAGCAACGAGACAACAUGGGAGCGGCCAUCGAGCACGCCUGGCACCCCGAAAACACCCGUGAAACACAAGAACUCUGUCCCGACAGUGAAUGGGUUUCAUGGUAAUGGCAGCCCGUUGCAUCAGACUGAACCAUCGCAUGUAGUGAUGCGGAAGACCAGCACAGAUCAACAGAGUCCUGGCUCCACUUCACCCAGCAGGAAGCAGGAGUGUGAAUCCACAGUAACUAUCAACUGCGUGACGUUUCCUCUUCCACUGCACAUGUCUGAACAGCAGCUGCUCAAACCAGACGAGUGGAGCUACUGUGAUUAUUUCUGGGCGGACAGAAAGGACCCGCAAGGAAGCGCCAACAUCUCAGGAUUCGAGGUUCUGCUGCAAAAACAGCUGAAGGGAAGGCAGAUGCAGAAAGAGAUGGCCGAGUUUGUGCGGGAGAGGAUCAGGAUCGAGGAGGAAUACGCCAAGAACCUGUCGAAGCUCUCGCAGAUCCCCCUGGCGGCGCAGGAGGAAGGCACGCUUGGAGAAGCUUGGGCUCAGCUGAAGAAAAGCCUGGCAGAUGAAGCCGAAGUUCAUCUCAAGUUCUCCUCCAAGCUUCAGAGUGAAGUGGAAAAGCCUCUGCUGAUAUUCCGGGAAAACUUCAAGAAGGACAUGAAGAAGUUCGACCAUCACAUGGCGGAUCUCAGGAAGCAGCUGGCCGGCCGAAACGCCGCCGUGGAGAAGGCACGGAAAGCGCUUGCAGAUCGGCAGAAGGAUCUGGAGUUAAAAACCCAGCAGCUGGAGAUCAAACUGAGCAGUAAGAUCGAGGAGGACAUCAAGAAAGCGCGCAGGAAAUCCACGCUCGCCGGUGAUGAUCUGAUGCGAUGUGUUGAUCUCUACAAUCAGUCCCAGUCCAAGUGGUUUGAGGAGAUGGUGACCAGCAGUCUGGAGCUUGAGCGUCUGGAGGUGGAGCGUGUGGAGAUGAUCAGACAGCAUCUGUGUCAGUACACAACGCUACGACACGAGACGGACAUGUUCAACCAAAGCACCAUUGAGCCGGUGGACAAACUCCUGCGGAGCGUGGACCCCGCCAGAGACCGAGAGCUGUGGGUCAAAGAACACAAGACGGGCGAGCUGAGACCGGUGGACAUGGACAUCUGAGACCAUCAGACUCGCAGCUCUAGAGACGCUAAAACACAACGCAACACUGGCUGAAGAGAAAGUGCUCCAUCUCUCAAAAACCCUUCUGAGGCUCUAAACCAGGAGAACGAUCAUGAGAAGUUAGAGAGAGAACCGAGGUACCAUAACCUUCCCACAAAUCUGACUGAAAGAGCUCUCGAGGUGUGGCAGAGACUGUGUGAACAUCUGCAGGAUUUCACUCGGGAGAACUGACGUGCUUGUCAGUAUCUUCUAAUGCGAUCGUGACAUUAGGAUUCAGCAUUGAUCGAUCCGAGUUCAUGUAUGUGAAAUAGUAUUAAUAUAUACUGUAACUGCUGCUGCAACUAUUACAGCUGAUUUCAGUUCUGUGACUAUUCAAAGCUCUCGCUUGCCUUAAAGCAACAGUACACUCAAAAAUGUUAAUUCUGUCGUCAUUUACUUCACUUUCAUGUGGUUCCAAACAUGUUCGACUUUCUUCUGUCUGUUGUUGAGCACAAAAUAAGAUAUUUUGAAGGAUGUUGGUAACAAAACAGACGGUAGCCAUUGAAAAAAAAUGAAACAAAAAUAGUUGACAGAAGCCAUUAACUCUGGAACGAAACAGUUGACGGUAGCCAUUGACUUCCAAGUAAGGGGGGUAAAAUCUGGAACUAAACAGUUGAUGGUAGCCAUUGACUUCCAAGUAAGGGGGGUAAAAUCUGGAACUAAACAGUUGACGGUAGCCAUUGACUUCCAAGUAAGGGGGGUAAAAUCUGGAACUAAACAGUUGACGGUAGCCAUUGACUUCCAAGUAAGGGGGGUAAAAUCUGGAACUAAACAGUUGACGGUAGCCAUUGACUUCCAAGUAAGGGGGGUAAAAUCUGGUACUAAACAGUUGACGGUAGCCAUAGACUUCCAAGUAAGGGGGGUAAAAUCUGGAACUAAACAGUUGACGGUAGCCAUUGACUUCCAAGUAUGGGGAAAAAAAUCUGGAACUAAACAGUUGAUGGUACCCAUUGACUUCCAAGCAUGGGGAAAAAAAUCUGGAACUAAACAGUUGACGGUAGCCAUUGACUUCCAAGUAAGGGGGGUAAAAUCUGGAACUAAACAGUUGACGGUAGCCAUCGACUUCCAAGUAAGGGGGGUAAAAUCUGGAACUAAACAGUUGACGGUAGCCAUUGACUUCCAAGUAAGGGGGGUAAAAUCUGGUACUAAACAGUUGACGGUAGCCAUAGACUUCCAAGUAAGGGGGGUAAAAUCUGGAACUAAACGGUUGACGGUAGCCAUUGACUUCCAAGUAUGGGGAAAAAAAUCUGGAACUAAACAGUUGAUGGUACACAUUGACUUCCAAGCAUGGGGAAAAAAAUCUGGAACUAAACAGUUGACGGUAGCCAUUGACUUCCAAGUAAGGGGGGUAAAAUCUGGAACUAAACAGUUGACGGUAGCCAUCGACUUCCAAGUAAGGGGGGUAAAAUCUGGAACUAAACAGUUGACGGUAGCCAUUGACUUCCAAGUAAGGGGGGUAAAAUCUGGUACUAAACAGUUGACGGUAGCCAUAGACUUCCAAGUAAGGGGGGUAAAAUCUGGAACUAAACAGUUGACGGUAGCCAUUGACUUCCAAGUAUGGGGAAAAAAAUCUGGAACUAAACAGUUGACGGUAGCCAUUGACUUCCAAGUAAGGGGGGUAAAAUCUGGAACUAAACAGUUGACGGUAGCCAUUGACUUCCAAGUAAGGGG